CAGCUGGCUCCUAGUUGGGUAGGGUUCUCACUUUCCACUUCAGUUGUGUAUCCAUGGUGGGGGUCAGUUGUGUAUCCAUGGCGAGGGUCAGUUGUGUAUCCAUGGCGAGGGUCAGUUGGGUAUCCAUGGUGGGGGUCAGUUGGGUAUCCAUGGUGGGGGUCAGUUGUGUAUCCAUGGCGAGGGUCAGUUGUGUAUCCAUGGCGAGGGUCAGUUGUGUAUCCAUGGCGAGGGUCAGUUGGGUAUCCAUGGUGGGGGUCAGUUGGGUAUCCAUGGUGGGGGUCAGUUGGGUAUCCAUGGUGGGGGUCAGUUGUGUAUCCAUGGUGGGGGUCAGUUGUGUAUCCAUGGCGAGGGUCAGUUGUGUAUCCAUGGUGGGGGUCAGUUGGGUAUCCAUGGUGGGGGUCAGUUGGGUAUCCAUGGUGGGGGUCAGUUGUGUAUCCAUGGCGAGGGUCAGUUGUGUAUCCAUGGUGGGGGUCAGUUGGGUAUCCAUGGUGGGGGUCAGUUGUGUAUCCAUGGCGAUGGUCAGUUAUCUAUCCAUGGUGAGGGUCAGUUGUGUAUCCAUGGUGGGGGUCAGUUGUCUAUCCAUGGUGAGGGUCAGUUGUGUAUCCAUGGCGAUGGUCAGUUAUCUAUCCAUGGUGAGGGUCAGUUGUGUAUCCAUGGUGAUGGUCACUUGUGUAUCCAUGGAGAUGGUCAGAUGUGUAUCCAUGGUUAGGGUCAGUUGUGUAUCCAUGGUGAUGGUCAGUUGUGUAUCCAUGGUGAGGGUCAGUUGUGUAUCCAUGGCGAUAGUCAAAUCAUACUUUGGUACAACCCCACAAUUUGUAGUAACUUCAUCAGAGCCUUCAUUAUCAGCCCCAGCGUGGCCUUCUAAUUGCACCUUUCAUUUAACGUCUAAUUUAUGUCUUAAUUUAUCAGUGACAGUGCUCACUAUAAAUCAUACUGUGUCGGGGAUAAAUAUAAUGUUUGUUUGUUGCGCCAGAUUCAUCACGUGGGUUAAUUUAUCAGUGACAGUGCUCACUAUAAAUCAUACUGUGUCGGGGAUAAAUAUAGUUUGUUUGUUGCGCCAGAUUCAUCACGUGGGUUAAUUUAUCAGUGACAGUGCUCACUAUAAAUCAUACUGUGUCGGGGAUAAAUAAUAUGUUUGUUUUUUUGUGCCAGAUUCAUUGCGUGGGUUAAUUUAUCAGUGACAGUGCUCACUAUAAAUCAUACUGUGUUGGGGAUAAA